AUGUGGACACUAUAUAAUCUGUCUCUUACUCUCCUCAUCUGCUUCUCGCAUACUGGAGCCACUCAGUUCCUUCAGACGGACUACUUGUCGCCUCGGGCAGAGAAUGCAAUUUACUACAAUCAGGGUUGGAAAAACCUUAGCAGGGAUGUUCUCUCCAAACCAUAUGAUAAAAUAUCUCACGACGGAAUCAUCAAUUUAGGUCUCGCCGAAACCUGGCUGAUGCAAGACACACUCAAAGAUUUUCUAAAUACAAGUUUCGUCAUCGACCCGCUCUAUCAUUUAACCUACGGUCAGGGAGCUGCUGGCUCUCCCUUUCUUCGUAAAGCUGUUGCAGAAUUCUUCAAUGCCUAUUUCGAUCCGCGUCAGCAGGUUAAUGAAAGUGAAAUCAUCAUUGCUUCAGGUGUUACUGCUUUGAUUGACUCGAUCGCAUGGAACACGUGCAGCGAUAAUGAGGGGAUCAUCAUUCCUCAACCUUUAUAUAACGGCUUUCCGACAGAUAUGCGACUGCGGAGCCAAGGCAAGCUGCUCCCUGCGUCUUUUGUGUGGGAUAAUGAGACCUACAAUUUCGACAAGGUAUUCGAUGCGACAGCAAUCAAUGAUUCCCUGGAACGGACUUGGAGGAAUUAUACGGAAUCAACAAAUAAGACAACGAUUCGAGGUGUAGUAAUUGCGAACCCGCAUAAUCCACUCGGACGCUGUUAUUCUAAAGACGCAUUAAUCGCCAUCGCACGCUUCUGCGGUAAACAUAAAAUCCACUUUAUCUCCGACGAGAUUUACGCGAACACCGUCUUCAGCAACCCCGGGAGCAACGCUCCCAACUUUACUUCGGUUCUUUCCCUUGAUCUGGAUGACAUUAUUGAUCCUAGGCUCGUCCAUGUCCUGUAUGGAAUGAGUAAGGACUUUGGAGCAAGUGGGCUUCGACUGGGUGUUCUGCAUUCUCGUAAUGAGGAUUUGAUUCAAGCUGCUUACGGUGUGAACCUUUUCUCCUGGCCCUCCUACCUUGUCCAAGACAUGUGGGGUCGUCUCCUCAAUGACACGACCAAGACGCAUGAAUUCCUCGAGGAAAAUAAGCGGCAGCUUGGGAAGGCCUACGGUACAGUCACUGACUGGCUUCGGAAUAAGAGCAUCGAGUAUUAUGAUCAAGGAAAUGCAGGACUCUUUGUUUGGGCCCGGCUCCUUCCUAAUUCGACUGCUAGCCCGGAGUGCUUCCUGGAGGUAUGCCGUAACAAUAGUGUUUAUGUCGGAAAUGGAGAAAACUUUCUCCCUGAGAGUGGACAGACUGGAUGGUACCGAAUUACAUUUUCGUAUCCCGAUGACAUGCUCACGCUUGGGUUGACACGAUUGGAGAAGGCUUUGAAUGACACACCAUCAUCUUGCGAAUAG